AUUCAUCGGACACAAAUAUACAAUUAAUUUGCACGAAAUAAUUCUAAAAAUUGGCAUCAAGAGCCUGUCACUAAAUACAUCUAGUGAGAUUUUGGGAACUAAUUACCUUUAUUUUGUGCAGAUAUGAAUACUCAACGAGAAGGAGCUUCAACUACUCGUCCACCUCUCCUAAUCGGCUCCAACUACUCGUACUGGAAAUCAAAAAUGAAGAUGUUUAUCAAAUCCAUAGAUGAGAGAGCAUGGCGCGCCAUCAUAACUGGUUGGACACCUCCCAUGAUCAAAGGAGAAGAUAAUGUGCAAGUAUUCAAACCAGAAGCAGAUUGGAGUGAUGGAGAGAUACUACUCGCAAACUACAACUCAAGGGCCCUAAACGCGAUCUUUAGUGGUGUGGAUGAUAACCAAUUCAAGCUAAUAGCAUCAUGUGAAUCCGCAAAAAGAGCUUGGGAAAUCCUUCAAGUUACAUACGAAGGAACGUCAACUGUAAGGACAUCCAAGUUACAGAUGCUGGCCACCAAAUUUGAAAGUUUAAAGAUGGAGGAAAAUGAGACGAUCACUGACUUCCAUGCUAAACUAUGCGAUAUCUCCAACGAAUCAUACGCACUCGGAGAACCCUACUCAGAAAGCAAAUUAGUGAGAAAAGCAAUGCGCUCAUUACCCGAAAGAUUUGCUUACCGAAUUGCUGCGAUUGAAGAAGUCAGAGAUGUUGACACGCUCAAACUAGAUGAACUCAUGGGAAAACUUCUGGCUCAAGAACUCAAUCAUGGUGAAAAUCAUCGUGAAAAGCCUAGAGAUAAGAAGGUAGCCUUUCAAGCAGAAGCGUCAUAUGGAACAUCCCAGAGUUCUUCAAUUCAAGAAGAUGAGCAGACGGUUGAAGAAUCCUUGGCACUAUUAUCAAAAAACUUUGGGAAAUUUCUCAAAAAGAUCGGAAAAAGGGGAAAUUCUUCCAACGCAGGGAAACCCGUGAAUUUCCAAAAUCCCAGGAGAAAUUCAAAUCAAGAUAAUCCAGAGGAGUCAAAACCGAGAAGAAUACAAUGCCGAGAGUGCGAAGGCUUUGGUCACAUUCAAUCAGAAUGCGCAAACACCUUGAAGAAAAAGAAAAGAAUGUCACUUACUACUGUUUGGAGUGAUGAAGAAGACUCUGAUGAUGACCAAGGAAACAACGAUCAAGUCACUAAUUUUGUAGCAUUCAGCAGCAAGGUUCCUCUGAACAGUUCAGAAACAACUGUUGCAACAGACUGUGAAACAGAAUCCAGGUAUGAAAAUGUGUGUUCUGAUAAUGACAAAAAUCUAAACACAAAUUCUUUUUUUGCAGAGGAUCUGGACAGCAGCAGUGAUGAGGAAGAACCAACCUUGGAGGAAGUAAAGGAGGUAUAUGAGAAAAUGUAUCAAAAAUGGCUUGACGUUGUUAAGACAAAUGACUUCCUUGAAAAUGAGAAGUUUGUGCUUAUAGAGGAGAACAAGACACUAAAGGUAAGAAUCUCUACUCUUGAGGAAAGGGUCCUAUCUAGUGAUCAAGAGAAAAAUCAGUUGCAGGCUAAACUUACUCAAACUCAAGAAGCAAUUGCAAAAUUGAACACGGGUAAAGGUAAUUUAGAUGAACUUCUAAAUAACAAUAAGCCGAACUAUAAUCAUCUUGGCAUAGGAGCAAGUCAGCUGCCCAAAGUUGAUCUAAAACAAAAAGAAGAUCUAAACAGAAAAAUCAACUUUGUUAAACAAACUUCUGUCGCACAAACAGUUGCAACUGUUGAAGCAACUGCGCUCCAUUCGAAGAAAAGAUUUAUUCCCAUUUGUUUUUUCUGUCAAAAUCCAGGUCACAUACGCCCUAGAUGUUUCAAAUACUUGAAGCUUGUGAAAAAACUAGUGGCUCGUUCUCUAUACUCUGCUAGGGCUGAUCACUUUCCUGCACCCUCUCAAAAACCCAAAAAUAAAAUUGAUAUCUCAAAUAGGCCUCAGCAAAAAAUUUGGGUUGAAAAGUCCACGUUUAAAUGUUUAUCUGCCAUUACUUCUUUAAAAGCAAGUACUGCUAAUGAUUGGUAUUUUGACAGUGGUUGUUCACGACAUAUGACCGGCGUUAAAGAACUUCUGAAAAACUAUCAACAAAUCACCGGUGGAGCUGUUACCUUUGGAAACGGAAAAAAGGGUGAAGUGCUAGGGAAAGGAUCGCUAAAUCAUGAGAAUCUGCCAAAGCUGAAGAAUGUACUACUUGUAGAAGGACUCACGUCAAAUCUGAUAAGCAUCAGCCAAUUAUGUGAUCAAGAUCUUGAAGUCAGAUUCAACAAAUUCGCAUAUCGAGUCUUAGACAAAGACGAGAAUUGUGUUAUUCAAGGAACUCGAUCAUCUGACAACUGCUAUAUUCUUGUAUCUGCUGGUAUGAACUGUUUCAACAGUCUGUCAGACUCUACAGUGCUUUGGCACAAAAGAAUAUCUCAUGAAUUCUCCGCACCUAAAACACCUCAACAAAAUGGAGUGGUUGAACGCAAAAAUCGCACUCUGCAAGAGAUGGCCAGGGUCAUGAUGAACGCAAAGGAGAUCGCUCCUCGUUUUUGGGCUGAAGCAGUUAACACUGCAUGUCAUAUUGUGAAUCGAGUCUAUCUUCGACCAGGUACCACCAAAACUCCUUACGAAAUUUGGAAAGGUAAAAAACCUCAACUCAACUAUCUUCGUACUUUUGGGUGUACUUGUUAUAUUUUGAAUGACAGAGAACAGCUUGGGAAAUUCGAUGCUAGAAGUGAUCAAGGAAUAUUCUUAGGCUACUCUCAAAAUAGCCAUGCGUAUAGAAUAUUCAAUCUUAGAACAAAAUCUGUGAUGGAAUCUGCAUAUGUUCAAUUUGAUGAUUUUAACAAUAAUGCAGGACCACUGGAAGAGGAACCAACAAAGGAAUCAGACAACAGCUCCAGUGUCACACCAACAGUUCCAACAGUUGAUGUAGCAUCUACCAUUUCAGAAGAAAGUGACGCUAAUUCUGAAACAGAAGAUGAAGCUGAAGUCAGCCCUCUCGAACUGGAUGACCAAACUCACAAGGAACCCUCAAAAAGGGACAAGAAGAAUCAUCCAGUGGAUCAAGUCAUUGGUCCGGUAGAAGAAGGAAUUCAAACCAGAGGUAAACCCAAGGUGAACUACAAGGAAAUGGCAAGAUAUGUUUGUUUCACUUCGACUAUAGAACCCAAAAACGUUAAUGAAGCCUUAUUAGAUGAAUAUUGGAUUCGAGCCAUGCAUGAGGAACUGGAACAAUUCGUUAGAAAUGACGUUUGGGUCUUGGUUCCUAGGCCUGACAAUGUCAAUAUAAUAGGUACAAAAUGGGUCUUUAAAAAUAAGUCUGAUGUACAUGGAAACAUCGUUCGUAACAAAGCUAGAUUAGUUGCUCAAGGCUAUAGUCAAAUCGAAGACAUUGACUUCGAUGAAACUUUUGCUCCUGUUGCUAGACUAGAAUCUGUUCGAUUACUCCUAGCCAUUGCUUGUUUUCUAAAAAUCAAACUUUUUCAAAUGGAUGUCAAAAGCGCCUUCUUAAUUGGUAUUUUAAAAGAAGAAGUUUAUGUUGAACAACCCAAAGGAUUUCAAGAUCCACAUCAUCCCAAGCAUGUUUUCAAAUUAAACAAAGCCCUGUAUGGUCUCAAACAAGCGCCUCGAGCUUGGUAUGAGCGUCUUACAGAAUUUUUAUUGCACAAGGGAUACACUAGGGGUAGCGUUGAUCGAACUCUUUUCUUUAAAAAAUCAAAAGGAGACAUCCUGAUUGCUCAAAUUUAUGUUGACGAUAUCGUUUUUGGAUCUACCUCUCAAACAAAAAUUGAAGAAUUUGUUAAACAAAUGUCUAGUGAAUUUGAAAUGAGCAUGGUUGGGGAACUCACGUAUUUAGGUCUUCAAGUUAAACAAAUGAGUGAUGGAAUUUUCAUAACUCAAUCCAAGUAUGCAAAAAACCUUGUCAAACGUUUUGGUUUGGAAUCUGCAAAAACUGUUAGAACUCCUAUGGGAACAAACGACAAACUGUCGCGACAGUUGGAUGCAACAGCUGUAGAUCCCACACUAUAUCGAAGCAUGAUAGGUAGUCUUUUGUAUCUUACUUCUAGCCGACCAGAUAUAUGCUAUAGUGUUGGAGUUUGUGCCAGGUAUCAAUCCAAUCCCAAGGAAUGCCACCUUAGUGCUGUCAAACGAAUCAUUCGCUACGUAAGUAGAACAACUGAUUUCGGUAUUUGGUAUUCUAUGGAUACUAACACAACACUUGCAGGCUUUAGCGAUGCCGAUUGGGCAGGUGAUGCAAACGAUCGAAAAAGCACAACUGGAGGAUGCUUCUAUCUUGGGAACAAUCUUGUGUCUUGGUACAGCAAAAAACAGAAUAGUAUCUCACUUUCCACUGCCGAAUCGAAAUAUAUCGUCGCAGCAAAUUCCCCAAAAAUUUUCACCAAAACGAAGGGAAUCAAGAACAUCAUCAUGGGGAAGCGAAAGAACGUCGGUGGGUCAUCCUCAUCGUCCAAAAGGAGAGCUUCUCGACCAGCGACCACGUCUCCGGUGAACCCACCGCCGCCUCGCCGCUCAGAUCGUCGAUCUACCUUCGGGGAGCCGUCGGAUGCCGUGCCUCUUGCCUUUUGGGAGCCUCCACUCCUCCUCACGGCCGCCUCCGCUAAAAAUUUUGGCAAUCUGCCAGUUGUUUUGGCUCCUAGGGUUUCUCCACCGCCAUCGCCGCCAGUGACGCCGCCGUCACCAUUCACCUUUUCUCCACCCUCUUCUCCGCUGCCACACUCUCCGGCUACUCAAUCGUCUCCACCACCGGUUCAACCGCCAUCACGGCAGCAGUCACCACCGGCCUCCACCCCACCGUCGCCAUCCUCGUCGGUCCACAAAGGCAAGGGCCCUGCCCUCACACCACCGCCACCCCGUCGCUCCCGUCGACGUGCUACUUACUCUGCCUCGCUUUCCGUUAAUCCCACCACCGCUGAUGACUCUGCACCGGAUACCGUGGUGCCUAUAUCUGCUGUCGAUGAUUUUAAUUCUCGGUUCUUUCUCCGAGCGCAUCAAAUCCGAUGGCGUCAAGUAAGUCAACGAGCUAUUGUCUCCGAACGGCCCUUAGGUCCCUCGUUUGAUGAUUUUGGUAUUUCUGAUUUACUCCGUCGUGCUGGUAUUUUUGCCACUGUGACUCGCAUAUCUCACUUUGAAAGUCAAGUGGUUCAUGAUUUUUAUGCCAACCUAACUAGUGGAGUCUCCGAUAGUCGCAGUCGUUUCUAUGAACGGGUUUUUGUUUUUAAUCGAGUCUACGAGUUCAAUCCCACUCGUAUUGCAUCUCUCUUUGAUCUGUCAACAGUUGGAACUGUGGCUACGACAGUUGCUGACCCUGACUUGAUAUCCACCCUUACUGGAGGCAAGCUGAGCACAUGGCCUCUCAAGACGACUGAUCUUACUAUGAAGUACCGUCUCUUAUUCGGUAUUGGAACUACCAAUUGGUUCCCCACUGCUCACCACGGUACUCUGACUCGAAGAAGGGGACUUCUACUGUACUACAUUGGUAGUGGAAUCCCAUGUGAUCUCGCGCAAUUUAUCUUUGAAGAGAUCGUGGCCGAAGCCGACUCUCAGUCCACCGCCUACUCUCUCCCGUUUCCUUCAUUGAUCUACCGCUUGCUGAGUGACCAAGGCUACGUCAGAAAUCGGAAGCACGCAGUUCCGUCUCUCCCACUUCCUCUCUCUGUCUCAUCGAAGAUUGUGGACCCUCAUUCCGAUUCUCGCCGUGUGCCCUGCGUGGAUGACUUGCCGUGCCGUCCAUCUCCUUCUUCCGGUUGCCAGGCUGCUCCUUCCGCUACCGCUCCUAUACUGUCGGAUUUUAUCUCCCACCUCUCGUCUGAAUAUGAGGCUGCGGUAGCUCGUACAGCAGAGCUGAAGAAGAAACUCGACUAUUUUAUCGCCCUUGCUCAGAAAGAGGGAGAGUUUUCAGGGGGAGUUGGCAACGAAGCAGCACAUCAGGAGGUAUCUCGUUCAGGGGGAGUUGCUGCUGCUGCUGGAUCUGCUGAUCCAACUGUUCUUCCAACUGCUCCAACAGUUGAUGAUGCAACAGCUGAAGCCGAUACGGAUGAUGAAGGGGAGAUGUUCGUUGAUGCUGAGGAUAUUCUGGACUAA